AACACACAAAUCUUUACAAACACACUCAAAAAAAAGGAAAAGAACAAUGAAUGUAGAGGAAAAGAAGAAAAACACCAAUUAUGGAUCAAUAUUUGUCUACUGCUUCUUCUGUUUUGUUUUGGUUGUGGAGGUAGCAAGAUUUACAAAACCUUAUUACAACCUGGAAAACCUAAUGGAGACAGAAGCAGUGGUAGAAGAAGGAUUCUUGGGCGUGGAGCAGUCAGGGAUACUUCCAUGUAACUUCAAGAGAUCUAGCUCUGUCUCUGUUCCUGCUCGGAGUCACCAGAAGCUCUCGUCAAUAGUACGGGAUUACAAGAGAGUUCGUCCUCCAUCUUCGUACUGCGUGAAGUUCCAGUCAUAUGGCGCUAUGGCGAAAAUGGUCAAAGACAACGGGGACAAGUACGAGUCACGUCCCUUCUCUGUGGGUGGAUACAAUUGGACGUUCCUAAUCUACCCGAACAAGGAAGUUCCUAAGGGCUCGAGUGUAUCCGUUUCGCUUUACGUAAGAAUCGAUAACUCAAGCUUCAUCGCCAAUCGAAAUGAAGUGUAUGCUGGCAUCAAAUUCCUCGCCUAUGAAAGCAGUAAAGACACGUACUACGAGUACCAGGAGACUGAGGCGCAGCGAUUCCAUUUGCUUAACCAGGAGUAUGGAGUGCUAUCAUUUCUGUUAAGUGAUUAUUUCAUAAAUGAGCAAUACGGAUACGUUACCAGCGACGGGGAGAGUGGGUUAGGGGUUGACAUCGUGGUUUAUAAUCCCUUUGAGCAAUGGGAAUAUUUCUCUAACCAAGAAAACAUUCGUGACCCUCUUCUCGACUGGAGACUCACCAAAUUCUCCACUCGCAUUCUUGACUCUUACACUUCUGAUUCGUUUUCUUCCGGAGGAAAAGACUGGGUAUUGAAAGUGUAUCCAAAUGGAGCUGGGCCUGCGACGGGUAAUUCGUUGUCACUCUUUCUGUUGAGUGCGUCAAAUGAAAAGGAAUACGUGAAAGCCAAGUUUCGAGUUCUUAACCAGAACCAAACCAACAAUGUGGAGAAACAAGUGGGGGGAUGGCCCAACGCAACAGAAAACGGAUGGGGUAUCGACAACCUUAUACCACUAUCAGAUAUCAGAAACGCAACCAAAGGUUUCCUUGUCGACGAUACCCUCAAAGUUCAAGUAGAGAUCUUGUCCAUCUCUAAAACCGACUCCUACUAGUUAGGGUUUAAGAUGUUCCCGAAAUCACUCUUUUGUUGUUUUUAAAACAGGAGAUUGUAAUCAGGUGAAAAAUGCCAGACUAAUCAUCUCCGGUAUGUAAUUCCACGGUGGCCAAGUGAAUUACUAUCACUCUGGUUUACUACUGUUUUUGCUUCUGUCCAAUAAUAAAAGAGUUUUUGGCUAUGUCAAAUU